AUGAUUUCAAAUGUGACUCAAACUGAGAAUAUGUAUCUCUGCCAUCCACUCCGGCCAAACUCCUGUCCAAAAUUGCACCGUCUUACUGUUGUUAAAGUGGCAUUGUAUUCUUUUUUUGUGCUCAUGAUCCUCUCAACAGUUUUUGGGAACCUGCUGAUCAUCAUCUCAGUCUCUCACUUCAAACAGCUUCAGUCUCCAACUCAUCUGAUCGUUCGCUCUCUGGCUGCCAGUGACUGUCUGCUGGGCUCUUUGGUCAUGCCGUACAGCAUGGUGCGAUCUGUUGAAGGCUGCUGGUAUCUUGGAGAUUUCUUGUGUAAAGUUCAUACUAGUUUAGACAUGACUUUCUCUAUGUCCUCCUUACUGCAUUUAAGUUUAAUAUCUGUUGACAGAUACUGGGCCAUUUGUGACCCUCUGAGGUACAAAAUGAGGGUCACAAACAACACUGUGACUGUUUUUACUACCUUCAUAUGGCUUUUUUCUUUUUUGUACAGUUUCUCUGUUGUGUUUUCAGGGAUGAGUGCAGUUGGAAUAGAGAUGCUUAUAUUGCAGAGUUAUUGUGUGGGAAAUUGUGUUGUGGUUUUUAACAAGGAGUGGAGUAUUAUAUCUCCAGUUCUCGUAUUCUUCCUUCCAGGGAUGAUCAUGAGCUCUCUGUAUGUGAAAAUCUUCUAUGUUGCACGAAAACAUGCAAAAGUUAUGUCAGAAAGAGUGACUGGAGGGUUGAAGAGCCAAACCUCUGCUCACAGAGAGAGAAAAGCAGCUAAAACUCUGGCCAUUGUCAUGGGUGUUUAUUUGUUCUGCUGUCUGCCGUAUUUUACUGCGUCUGUUCUUGACCUGAGCUGGCAGCCAUCUUGCCCUAUGGGGUGAGGCUGGCUUCCAUCUGGCCUCGUGGUGCGGGGUUGGUGGUUAUGCACCGCAGUGGCGUUGGGUCGGCGGCCAUCUAAUGCUGUGCUUCCUCUCGCCCACCUCCUCCUCAACGACCUCCCCUGGUCCCGCGAAACACGACCAGGCGGGUUCCUUCAAAGCGACCGCCUCUCUCCCGCUCGAUGGCUUGGGAAGAAGAGUUAAA